AUGCAGCAGAGAAAGGCGGAGAUCCUCGCUAAACGUGCCAAAUUAGCAGAGUUAAAGCGCCAGAGGGAACUACGACAGAAAGAGUUCUCGCAAUCACGGGCCAGCACUGGAGACGCAUCAGAGGUUGUGUCACCAGUGCCUAGCCGUUCUGAUAGCAGAGCAGAGCUUGAUGAUUUGAUCUCGCGUCUUGUUGACCGUCCCGGCUCAGCGUCGGUGAGCCACGGAGCAGAUGGCUUCUCGCGAAAAGGAAGCAGGCCAAAUUCAGUCCUGAGUGCCAGUCAACUGAGUGGAGACAAUACAGAGGCCAUCAGCCCCCUUACGCGACCACUUUCCCAGUCCAUUGCCGUGCAAACAGUUGGAACAGAACCUUUCGUCGCCAUCCCUGAACCCCCACCGCCCCCUGAGCCCAGAGCGGAAGUCGUUACAUACAGCAAAGGUGUCCAAACAGACGACCUUAGGCAGAAUGAACAAGAUACUUUGUCUUUGGAAUCAGACAGUGAAGACCCCUCGGAUCCUAAACGGGUGAGCAAGAAGGACCGCGAACGCGACGAAGAAAUUCGAAAGAAGCUGCGCAAAGAGAUUGAGGAGGAACUGCUGGCUACUCAACAGAAAACCCAGGACGAUACCGGCGCUGAUCCUACUUUGCGGUACCCAUUACGCACCCUUGAUGAUGAUGAGCUUAAGGCGGUGACUUCAUCUGAGGACUUUUUGGACUUCGUUGAACGGUCUGCAAAAGUGAUCGAGCGUGCUUUGGACGAAGAAUACGAUGUGUUAGCAGACUACGAACUCGGAGGUGUCGAUGGAGAGCUUGAGGAGGAUGAGGAACAUGGUAAAAAGAAGCGAGGUAUCAAAGAAGUCUGCCAGUUCUGGGAUGAGCGAUGGAGUAAGAAGCGCAUGAUCACUGAUAUCUCCUUUUCUCCGAAGUUCCCCGAGCUGGUUCUCGCCGCAUAUACCAAGAACCCCUCGGCACCACAUGAGCCAGAUGGCCUUGUUCAAAUCUGGAAUGAGCACCUGCACUCUCGCCCGGAGUAUGUGUUUCACUCAACUUCGGAUAUCUUGACCGCCAAGUUCUCCCCAUUCCAUCCUAAUAUAAUCGUCGGAGGUUCAUAUUCAGGUCAGGUACUCCUCUGGGAUACCCGAUCAUCGCGUGCUGGUGGUGGUGCGCCUGUACAAAAGACUCCCUUGACCGGCUCAGGCCACACCCAUCCGGUUUACAGUAUUUCCAUCAUUGGAACACAGAAUGCACACAAUAUCUUGACUGCGUCCACGGACGGCGUCGUCUGCGGCUGGACCGUCGACAUGCUCUCCCAACCCCAGGAAUAUCUCGAGCUGUCUACUCCCCCUCCAUCCAAAACAGAAGACCUGGCACCCACAACGAUGUCAUUCCCCCAAUCCGACCCAACUUUUUUCAUCGUCGGUACUGAAGAAGGCGGCAUCUACCCCUGUCACCGCUAUGAUCGAGCAGGAGCUAAAGCUGGAACUGAUCACCGUCUUGCCUACCGUGGGCACGCUGCCCCCGUUAUGUCUACGGCCUUCCACCCCGCUCGCGGUCCCGUCGACCUCGGAGAUCUGAUGCUGAGCUCCAGUCUCGACUGGAGCGUGAAGCUCUGGCGCGUCCGGCCCCCAGCCGCCACCGCCCCAGCAACCUCCGGCAUAGCAGACACCCAGGUUGUCACUCCCAUUCUCGACAUCAACCGCGAAGACGUUGUCUACGAUGCCCGCUGGUCUCCCCAUCGCCCGGGAGUCUUCUCACUUGUUGACGGCGCAGGAAACCUGGAGGUCUGGGAUCUCUACACAGACACCGAAGUUCCCGUUGUGCGCACUACCCCGUCCAAGGGCCGCGGCGGCAUUCUCACAAGAAGUCUUAACAAGGUUGCCUGGGAGGAACGGGAAGGCCGACGCCUCGCAACCGGUGGCCUCGAUGGCGUCGUUACCAUCUUCGAAGUGGGCAGGGGUCUCAGCGGUACUCCCGACGAUGUCCCUGCAGAAGAAUGGACAGGGAUGAAGCGACUCAUUAGUAAAUUAGAGCAGAAGGAUCGACUCAACUAAGCGAGCAACUCAGCAAGCAGCCCUCACUCAGUAUCAUAUCAUGUCCUUUGAUUGGAAGGAUGCGACAAAGAAAACCCCCGAUUUAAUGCUCUUCUUUGCAUAUACCCCGCAGGCGCCCAGUUGGUAAUGGAUUGAUUGAUUAUUUCUGCAUCUGUCCAGCACGGGAAACAUAAUUGAGAAUUGGGUGACAAAUAUACCUGGAAUAAAUAUAAUAAUGGUC